GCAAGGGAGUGGCUCUGUGGUAGGUGGGGCACUGACAGUCCUGGACACGGAUUUAGAUGCAAGGAAGAAGGUGUGACUCUUGGACAACAAGAAACACAACAUUAUUGCAGCUAAUUAAGACUGCCCAACUCUUCAGCGAUGAAAGACAAAGAACAUUUUUCAAUGUGAUGGCUUGUUAACAUCAAAAAGUACCAGAUUUUUUUUAAGGUUGUAUCUCAAAAUAUAAAAGUGUUGUUGAUGUUUAUAAGGACCUGUUCAUCGUUUUUGUUUUUCUCCGUAAAUGAUAUUAUGUGCUCCAUCAUGGGAAGGCACAAUAACUGCUGUUAAUUUCAAUAACCUCUACAGUUGAAGCCACAAUUUCAGAGAAAAUGUCUAAUAUAUCGCAGAUUCUUUCGAUGGAGUCUUUGGACAUCUCUCCAUUUUUCUCCCACUUUGCCGCCCUGUUUGGCAGCCUAACCUAUUGCCUCAUCAUCACCUGCAACAUGACCGUGCUAUUGACUAUUGCACUUGACAGGCAGUUGCACAAGCCAAUGUAUUUGCUGCUCAUCAACCUACCCAUCAAUGACAUGAUCGGGGCUACUGCUCUUUUCCCACACCUCAUACACAGCAUCGUGAGCCAGAGCACCAGCAUAUCCAACCUGGCCUGUUACCUUCAGGCCCUGCUGGUCCAUCUGUACUGUGGAGGCUCCCUGAUCAUCCUCACCGUCAUGGCGUUUGACCGCUACCUGGCCAUCUGCCGACCGCUGCGCUACCACACCCUGAUGACCGCCAGCAACCUGCGCUGGAUCAUCGCCGGCAUGUGGCUGACCGACGUGGCGCUGAUCGGCAGCCUCUUCCUCAUGCUCACCCGAUUCCGGCUGUGCAGCUGGCGCCUGGCCGAUCUCUACUGCAACAACCCGUCCCUGGUGAAGCUGGCGUGUGAGAACACCACGGCCAACAACGUGUACGGCCUCCUGCUCACCGUACUGAUGCAGGGCACCUCCAUGCUCACCGUGCUCUUCACGUACGGACACAUACUAGUCACCUGCAUUCUUAACAGGCAGGCAGAUGCACGGAGCAAGGCCCUGCGCACGUGUGGCACUCACCUGGUGGUGUUUGUGGUGUUUGAGUUAACCACCCUGUUCUCGGUGCUGUCCCACCGACUGAGUGUGUCGCCCUUCCUGCGCAGGUCGGUCGGUGUGUCCAUCCUGGUGUUUCCACCCAUCCUGAACCCACUUAUCUACGGAAUCAACACCAAGGAGAUACGCAGUAAAGUCGUAAAAGCCUUCUCUCGGAAAACAAAGAAAUUCAAAAACAAAACAUGUGCUUAGCAGCACUGAGUCAAUGAGUGAAUACUUUAUUGCAGAGUCAAGGUUCCAUAUAAAUGACAAUACAAAAGACGAUGCAAAUAAAAGGUCAACAUAGAUUCAAAUACAUACAAGCAUCGAUUCCAGUGUUUCCAUAACCCAGAGGAGAACCUUGUUUCACUCUGUUUAGUCUCAGUGAGUUAAAUUAUUAUUUUGUUUUGUGACUCUAGAAAUCAACACAUAAAUUUGAACAUAAAAUUCGUCAACACAGCAUGGAAGGUGGGGACAUUACAAGUCACAAACAAAGUGCUUGCUCUUGACCAUCUUGGAAGCUUAAGGAGGAUCCUAAAGGCAUCAUUAUAUGCUACCUGUAGCUUCUUAAGCUUUGAUGUUUUAUAUUUACACCAUAGGUGAGGUGUUAAAAACGUAGGCCUACAGUAGGCUUUGAAGAAUAUAAGGGAAAUGGUCAAAUGUAAGAUCAUACAGCAAUACACACAAAUAUUGUGAACACACAAAUAUUGGAUCGCAUUUUGGUAUAUUAUUUAUCCUGUUUUAUGGUACGCCUUCUGUUUAACAUAAAUGUCCUAUGAUUUUCAGAACAUGUUAUGUUAAACAAUCUGUUGCCACAUGCAUUCCAAAGUGAUUCUUAAUAGAAAUUAAGUUCAGCUUAGUCUCACAAAAUAAUGUCAAUUUACAAAGAGUUGGUUCCUUUAUUUAUUAUUUGACUAUUGCUGCCUAUUAUACAUAAUAUGUAGGCCUUGGUUUAUACAUGAAGUAUGCUUCCCCAUUUGGGUUUGCGUCCUCCCAAGUGCUUCACAAAUGCUGAAAUACCUAUCGAAUACUCUAAUGAACAGUACUCUGGCUCCAUCUGCUGGCAUCUUCUGAGGGGCAUAGGGACGAGCCCGAUCAGGGCCUGGGCGGGGCUCGUUUUCAGCCCCGAUUUACGGUUUUACGGUUUACCAAAUUAACCGAGUUUACAGUUCAGCAUUUCAUCAGGCUAUUUUCUUGCACGAAGACGUUAUUUUGCACCAAUUUUUUGAAGACACAUGUAAAAAUAUGACUAACACAAAUGUUUUGAAUAGAAUAAUAUUUCAAGAAUAAUAAAAUUAUAUAUUAUAAUAUUUUAAAAUAUAUAUACUGUAAAUUAUAAUCAUUAAAUUACAUUAUGUGAAUCUGUAACCAACCGUGUAUCUGAAAAGUUGUAUUUUAAUUGCCUUUUGGAAAGGCUUAUACACAAUGUUUAAUGGCAACUGCCACCAGUGCAGGUCGAAUUGAACUAAAUGCUGAAUAUAAUUAUUGCAUACAUUAUGAUAUCCACGUUUGCAGGGAAUUCUUUUUCUGAAGAUAUAAUAUGUACGGGGUGGUACAGAAGUCACUUCUUACCUGUGGAAAACCGGUGCUUCCCCUACACAAACCUGCAACACUAUUGCAUUUAUGCAUUUAAUUUGCUCAGUAGUCUGAAGUCUUGCUUCUAUUAAGCGCUCUAACAUUUCUUUGCUCCCUUUUGCAUUGUUUCAAGACUUUUUUUAAGAGGGAAUAUGGAUAGGAAAAAGUGCCAGGCUACAUUCUUCCCACGGUCUCAAAUAAAUAGAUGACAGUUGAUUUGCUUGGGGCGCUAGUGUUGUCAUCAUUAAAGUACUACAACUUCAAAUGCAGUUAUUAUUGGUAUCAGCCUACACUUUGUUUAUUCCUCCCACUUAGGACUCCCGAGGUACUUUAGCUUGCACUGUUGUAUCACAAAACAAAUUUUGUAUUCCCCUUGAUUGCGGCAUUCUCUUCAUGACUUGUCAUUCCAUACGCUCUUGCUGAAAAAAGUAUGCACAAAGCUUAAAUAUUAUAAAUGAUAUUAUAAAUGUUGAUGCUGAUAGUUAACAAAAUGCUUUCAGUGGAAAUUAGCAUGGAUAUGCUAUCGUCAAAAUAAAGAUAGCGACGAAAAGUCAUUUGAAGUGGUUUCAUUCAGUGACUGAUUUUAUUUCAAUGUUAAUUUACCUCUCAUCACAUCAAGUAUCUCCUAAAAAGCUUUGAAUUCAGGCCCAGGACUUUUGACAGACCACUGCAACUUUGAAUUGGGGACUGAACCCCACACGCAAAAGAAAACAAUUAUGGCGGCAAAACAUGUUAUUGAAAAAACAUGAAAUGUAUUGUUGUCGUGUCACUUCCCAGUUAUCCAUUCAAGUUCUAUUCUUUUCCAGGAUAUUUGAUCGAUUUAGACAUUUUCCAUCUGUUUUCCAUGAUUGGAUUUUUUUUUUUCAAAUCCAGGUUUCCCAGGAUACGGGGCCUCUCUGCUUGACAGCUAAAUAGAUGCACUGCGGAAAUUUGCAGUGUCAGACAAGAAGCAUUAAAAAGGGAAAGCUGUUCAAACAGUGAGCUGAAGACUGAACCAUUGCAGCAUCACAUCACCUGUGAUUUUCAAGUGAGGUUUAGGAUAUUAAGGGAAGUCUACAAAGCAUUAAACCUCAAGAACUGUAAACAGAGGAAGAAAAACACGUGUCAGGUAAAAGGCACAGCUGUGCCCUAUUGCCAAUUAAGGUAGCGAGAUGAAACAUAAUUGUAAUCCUGUUGUGUUGUGGUUUCAGGCUAGGUAUGACUUGGAGUACAUUUUCAACACAUGGUUUAUUGAGAGACUAAAGUUAAACAAGCUUGCACUCUGGAGGUGGUUCAUGAAGCACCUCCCGAAUACAGGUAACAUUUCUUUAUUGAAAAUGGGCGGAACCAUAAAUAAGCCACGCCCACAGGUUCUAAUUGACCCAGGUAAACCAGCAAAGAGGCCAUGCUUGUAGGGUCUGACUCAAACACAUAAAACUGUAUAGGGUUUUGUAAUGAAUACUCAAUGUGUAGAAGAUGAAGCUAUUAAGGAGUGGUGUUAGCACACAAAAAAAUCUGGUCCAAUGUGGUACUGAUGUUAGCUUGGACAUCAUGUGGUCUAAAUAAAGCAUAGAACUAGAGAAGAGGAGAGCUUCAUAUUAACGGAGGAACUUCCGCAGAUUCGGAGUUUGCGGUUCAAUAGAUCAUCAGUGAAACAUCGUUGCGACACAAUUGAGUGUAGUAACCCAGAGAACCAGAUAUUGUUUUCAUCCGAACGAGCCGUCUUUGGCGAACGGUGAACUGCAUUGGCUUCAACGAGCAGUCGGCUUUCAGCCGCGAGCUUAGGGACCGUCUGCAAAGUGCAAAACUGAAUUGCAUUGUCUUCUACGAGCAGUCAGCUUUCAUCCGCGAGCUUAGGGACUGUCUGCAAAGUGCAAAACUGAAAACGACCACAAUGGUACAAUUUCAAUAGCGUCGCCAUUAUUGACUCUAGAGCCCACCCUAUCGUUUCGUCCUCAAAUCUAAUAUUCUACCGGAUUUUUUUACACAAGCAAUGAGAGGAUGGAUGCUGUACACUAAUGAACAGGCUCAAAUGGGCUAGUGAAAUCGAGCGCAACCUUCCUUCAGGAAUCUCUAACCUCGGAUUGGUGGGUGGGCGUCUCCUGUUUGACAAAACCAAAUAUGCAGCUUGAGCGCACCUAACAUAGUUUCUGCUGUUUUGUCUGUCAAAAAGGCUAGCUAGUCUUUAUCAGAAAAUCCAUCAUUUCCAGCUGUGUUAUAACAUGACCUGGUAAUAAUAAUACCAUAAUUUUAAAACCUUGACAUAAUCUGUCAGUUGUCUAUUAAAUGACAGUUGACCACAAGACGAUUCUAUAUAUGCCUCUUCUUGAAUUGCUUCAUGUUUUAGUCGGCAGAGCCUUGUAAUGCUGCGUAGCAUGAUAAGCAUGAUUAGGUGCAAGGAGCAGAAAAAUAUCAAAUAUAUGUUGAUAUGGGUGCUAAUUUUCUGUUGAAAAAAAAUGCUGGCAUUAGUUUAUCAGCUGAGGGCGUAUUCAUUGCCAUAACAACGUGAGCUAAUCAACAAGUACAACAUGUUCUAAUACUAUGAGACUCAGGCAAAUGCCCUCAGCUGAUUAAAAGUGUCAGGGGGGGCGUGAGCGGCAGAGGGGACUUAGUGUCUUAUGUAUUUAUGUAUUUAUUUUAAUAGGUUACUUAUUUUAUUGGGGGUCAGAAGUUUUACAAGAAUUUUGAUCUUACAAAGUCAUGACAGAGGGACUUGGUGUCUUUAUUCAUGCUUGAAAGAUGAACAUAUAUUUUUUUUUUUGAAAGGGAAUAAGCUGAUGAAGCUGACAAGUGACCAAUGUUUACUUUUUAAAAAUAUUAUAAUUAAAUGCAAACCCCAGUGAAUCAUUUGCUUUUUUUUGUUUUGAGAUUCACACAGACUUAGCAGUCUUGUUUAAAUGUUACAAAUUGAGUUAAUAAACUGAAGUUGGAAAUAGUUUUUUAAGUUGUUGCAGAUGUUAUCUCCGUUAAUUUUAUUAAUCUAAAUAAAUAAAUAUUAGCAGGUUCUCAAUAGUUGGCUAUUUCAAUUCAGGGAGGGCGUGAUAAAAUGUCUGUCUCCUAGGGGGGAAUGAAAGAAAAAUUAUUGAGAACCACUGGUCUAGAACAUGUUGUACUUGUUGAUUAGCUCACGUUGUUAUGGCAAUGAAAACGCCCUCAGGGCUCUUUAUGGUCUUACUGCAACCUUAUGUUUUGAAAAAUAUAUCUCUACUUAUUUCUAAGAAAUUUCUUUUUAGCAAAAAUGUCAACAUACAUUUUUUUUAGCAACAUUUUCAGUAGCGUCGCCAUUAUUGACUCUAGAGCCCCAAAACUUGUUCGAUAGAGGCAUGGCCUAUUUAUGCUCCUACGACAACCACUGUGAUGGGGAGAGGGGAGGGAGUGGGAAGAUGCAUUGGUUUGAGGCACAGACCUUUUCGAUUGUUGUAGUAUUUGGGUUAUGGGAUUUUAAUGUAUAGGGUGGUUGUUGAUAUAAAUAUUUUUUGUUAAAUAAAUGUAAAUAAUGUUUUUAAAGAUUAUACUUGUAAUAUGUUCAAUCUCUCCUUAUUUCCCCUGCUCAUUAAUGUGCACAAAUGUACUGUAUGUAUGUUGCCAGUAGACACAUAGAAACCUCCCGGCAGGGUGCGCUUUGCGAGCACACAAAAAAAAUUGUGCGCAAAA